AGACCCCCUUAUGCUCUUGGUUUCUCUGCUUUCUGAUUCCUCUGGACCCUCACCCCUUCCGGGAGCCAGUGGUCAGACACCUUCAUGACUGACAGGUGCACUCUCUGAGGACCCAAGAGAAGGGGCUGCGCUCCACCUCCCUGCCCCGUCUGUCCUGUGUAUGCCCCUACAAGAAUGCUCCCCUCUUGCCUUCAGGAGCCAUUUCUGAACGCUGCUGGAGCCGGUGCCCAGGAGGAGCAGGCACAGCUCUGUGAGCAGCUCCAGAAACAACAGGGGUGCUGCCAGCACCACGCUCACCCGGUGGCUUCGGCCCUGAGGGAGCCAGAGGCAGCGGCCGCGGCCACAGGGACUGGGAGCGAGUGUGGGUGCGGGGAGACCCAGCGGGCCCUGCAGGAAGCCAUCGACAAGCUGCAGAGAGACUUCAUCGACAUUGUGAAGGAGAAUGCAGACCUCAAGGAGCGGGUGGAAAAACUAGAACUCGGACUCAUCCAGCUCUCUGGAGAGAGAGACAUGAUAAGAAAGUCCAUCAAACCAAAUGACCGUCAGAGGGCAGUGGCCAAGACCCAGCACCAGAAGAAGAAUGAUGUUAGCAUGCUGUCCGAGGCCGAGGAGGGGAUGAAGGUGAAGCUGCUGGAGCUACAGGGGCCAGUGAUGCAGCUUAUGAUCAACCACGAGGUCCAGCACCCUGCUAAUGAGUCCACUCCAGGGGCCCCAGCCCCCCAGGAGCUUGGUGCUGCUGACAAGGAUGAAUUUUAUGAGAUGAGCCUGGACAAUGACAGUGACAGCCUAGAGCCUGCAGGAGGGAGAGUACACCACAACCCCACUGCACAGCAGAUGGCACAUGGCUUUGUGAGCUGCGGGGUGACCAGCAACACCGACCCUUGGGCAGCAGUCCCUCCAUGCCAUGCUUUUACCGGGCUGCGGCGAAGGAGGAAGUAAACAUCACCAUCAGCUAAGAGCUGCCCAAAAAAUUUACAAAGGAACAAAGUUAUAGGGUUAGUCUACAUGUUACUUUAUUUGAAUGUUAGAGCCA